AUGCAAGCGGGCGACUUCGACUCCUCUGACGAAGAGGCCGCUGAGGAGGACCUGAGGCCGCUCCCCAUCUCCUGGUUGUCUUUGUCUCCUGUCUAUGCUUCCGAGUUCCUGGGAUUAUGUUCCCUUCCAGGUUGCAGGUUUAAGGAUGUCAGAAGAAAUCUUCAGAAAGAUAUAGAAGAACUAAAGAACUAUGGGACCCAGGAUGUAUUUGUGCUUUGUACCAGAGGAGAGCUCUUAAAAUACCGAGUACCAAACCUUAUAGACACCUACCAACAGCAUGGGAUCUGCGUGCACCACUAUCCUAUUCCUGAUGGGGAUGCUCCUGACAUUGCCAAGUGCUGCAAAAUUCUGGAAGAGCUCAGAAGCUGCCUGGAAAAUAACAGGAAAACAAUCAUACACUGCUACGGUGGCCUUGGACGCUCAUGUCUCGUAGCUGCAUGUCUCCUGCUUCAGCUUUCGGAUUCGCUGUCACCUCAGCAAGCAAUAGACAGCCUCAGAAACUUGAGAGGAUCUGGGGCGAUACAGACGAUCAAGCAAUACAAUUACCUCCAUGACUUUCGAGAGAACCUAGCUGCACAUCUGGCAACAAAGGCCACAAUAUUAAGAUCGGUAUCGCGAUAACGAAUGCUGGC